UCAAGUAGAUGUGUUUUAUCGAAAUCCAUUAUCGACUUAGGAUGGGAGAUAUUUGGGAGAUAUUUUUGAGAUAUUUUGGAGAUAGUGGAUUAUCUCUCGAUAUUGAUAUGGGUUGAGGAAUGGAAGUAAUCGACGAAGAAAGGAGCCAAUGGGGGCUUUUCUUCCAGUUUUAUCGAAGUUGUGGGCGAUAGCACGCGAAGCCAGAUCUGGGGUGAGCGUUGGAAAUGGAUGGAAAUGGAUGGAAAUGGGAAGUAAAACCAGCGAGAGAAGAACAAAAUUAGUUUGGUACAGAUACAAUGAGCAAUGGGUUGGUAUUUGGUAUUCCAUGCCACGCCAUGUUACGUUAAAUUAUAUUAUAAAUGUGUAUAUAUAAGAAUAUAAGAGAAGAAUAGGAAAUAAGAAAUCGGCAGAUUGG